GGCUGGACCAAGCAGACAGGACAGCGCCGGCCAUUUGAUUCCGGGAGACGAAGCUGUGGACGAUGCAGUUGGAACAGUUUGACACGCAGGUACAGUAAAGAUAAGAGGUAAGAAGGCACGUAGUGGUCGCGAUUUGCAUGUGCGAUGUGCCAUGGCCUUAUCCUCCCUCCUGCUCCUCCUGCUUCUCGCCGCCGCCCAUGGCGCGGCCCCUGCUCUUGGCCUCAAACGGAGCGACUUCCCGCCGGACUUCGUCUUCGGCGCCGCCACCUCCGCCUACCAGUAUGAGGGUGCCGUGGCUGAGGACGGCAGGAGCCCAAGCAUCUGGGACGCCUUCACUCACGCUGGGAAAAUGCCAGACAAAAGCACGGGCGAUAUCGCUUCUGAUGGAUACCACAAGUACAAGGACGACGUCAAGCUCAUGGCUGACACAAACUUAGAGGCUUACAGAUUCUCCAUCUCCUGGUCAAGGCUUGUUCCAAGGAGGGGGGCUGUGAAUCCAAAGGGGUUAGAGUACUACAAUAGCCUUAUAAACGAGCUAGUGAAACAUGGGAUUCAAAUCCAUGUCAUGCUUUACCAUCUCGAUUUCCCACAAGUUUUGGAUGAUGAGUAUGGAGGAUGGUUAAGCCCUAGAAUUGUGGAGGAUUUCACAACAUUUGCAGAUGUGUGCUUCAGAGAGUUUGGAGACAGGGUUUCGUACUGGACCACGAUAGACGAACCUAAUGUCGGCCCAAUCGGAUCUUACGAUAGUGGAAUAUUUGCACCUGGACGUUGUUCCAAUCCUUUUGGAACAACAAAAUGCACCAUUGGGAACUCAACCGUGGAACCAUACAUAGCAGCUCAUAACAUGAUAUUGGCACAUGCAUCAGCUACUAGACUUUACAGAGAACAAUAUCAAGCUGUGCAAAAUGGAGUCGUUGGCAUAAAUGUUUACUCAUUUUGGACUUAUCCUUUGACAAAUUCUACUGUGGAUUUAGAAGCAACUAAAAGAUAUCAAGACUUCAUGUUUGGCUGGACACUAGGACCUUUGGUAUUUGGAGAUUACCCGCAAGUGAUGAAGAAGAAUGUUGGUUCUCGCCUCCCAUCCUUCACAAAAUCCCAAUCUGAAUUUGUUAAGGGUGCUAUUGAUUUCAUAGGAAUAAAUCAUUACUAUUCUGUCUAUGUGAACGAUCGCCCUUUAAAGGAAGGUGUUCGUGACUAUGCAGCAGACAUGUCAGUUUACCAGAGAGGUUCUAGAACAGACCCAGCAACUAGCGAGGUAAACGUUUCCACUAUGUUUGUCAAAGAUGCCACUCGCUUCAGCUGUUUUGGACAUGAAGUAGUUGAACUGGGAAUUAUGUUUCAUGCAACUUUUUUCUCUCAAGUGCAGUACGUCCCAACGGUUUAUCCAGACGACCCACAAGGAUUACAAUGUGUGUUGCAGUACCUGACAGAAGCCUAUGGGAGCCUCCCCAUUUAUGUCCAAGAGAAUGGCAAGGCAUCCGCGAAUGACACUCUCGAUGACACCGACAGGGUGGAAUACUUGAAGGCCUACAUAGGGAGCACAUUGGAUGCAUUAAGUUUUUCCUCUGCAGAAAUGGAGCCAAUGUGAAAGGUUACUUCGCGUGGAACUUCCUGGACAUAUUCAAGUUCCUAGCAGGAUACAAGAUAGGGUUCGGCAUGUAUCGUGUCGACUUCGACGAUGAAGCGCGGCCACGAGAAGCCAGGCUCUCUGCUCGCUGGUACUCCAGGUUUCUGAAAAAUAAUGGCAUUAGUGCUCAGAGUGAGGUCGACGAUACAGGACACCAUGCUCAACAGUGAGUUGUAUAGUCAGAUGCACUGAGUUUGUGCGUGACCUUAUCUUAGGUAUAUAUGGGAAAUGAUAAAUUUAUCCUGGGUGAAAGAAUGCUACUUGAGAGAA